AGUUUUUGACAAAGUUCAACAUUGACAAGACCUGUGACGAGGUGCAUUGUUUAUUGUUUGUUUGUUUAUUUGUUUAUUCUGCGCUGAGAACAAUGUCAGGAGACGACGGUUAUCUGCCCACGGGACUGGGCAUAAUGGGUGUUGUACGGACUUUGGGGUUCAUAGGAAACAAAAACUACCCCCACAUUUACAAUGGAGUCAGUUUCCCUGGUAUCGUACCGGCGGAGGGCUUGAAGGCACUGACGAACUUCGAGACGAGACCAGACGAUGUGGUCAUUGUGAGCUACCCCAAAUCAGGUUUGAACUGGACGUACGAGGUUGUGACGCUCAUCCUAAACAACGCGAACAUCACCAAACACAAAGUUCCUCUCUUCACACACGUCCCCUACCUGGAGGUGAUGCACAUUGAACACGGCAAGACCUACGCAGAGAUUCUAGGAGACAUGCCCUCUCCUCGACUCAUCGCUACGCACCUGCGGUACAGCAUGCUGCCGCCAGGGGUCCGGGACAACGGAACAAAGAUAAUCUACGUGGCCCGGAACCCUAAGGACGUAGUGGUGUCGUACUACCACUUCCACAGGAUGAGCCGGGUUCAUCCGGAUCCAGGCGCCUGGGACCAGUUUCUGUCAGAAUUCAUGUCCGGUAACGUUGUGUGGGGGUCGUGGUACCAACACGUGCUGGAUGUGUGGGCCAACCGACGGAAAGACAACAUCCUCAUCGUCAGAUACGAAGACAUGAAGAAGGAUUUACCGGGGACCAUCAGACAGAUGGCGGCGUUUCUCGGCAGACAGCUGAGUGAGCCCGGAGUACAGCUCAUCGCCAGUCACUGCACCUUCCAGGCCAUGAAGUCUAACCCCAUGACCAACGGCUCCAAGGUCCCCAUGGUCUUCAACAACGACAAGUCUCACUUCAUGAGAAAAGGAGUUGUUGGGGACUGGAUCAACCAUUUCACGGUGGCGCAGGACCGGACGUUCGACUCCCACUACCUGCGGACCAUCGCUGUCAGGGGCAUGGAGUUUGAGUUCGAGUUGCUAUGAGAAUCACAGCCCCCCUCCCCCCUCCC